GGGGCUUCAUCUGCAUCCAUGGCCUUUCUCGAAAAAGCAGCGAGCUGCUUGGAAAAGAGCAAGGGGGAACAGCCAAUUUGUCUGUAAGAGGGGGGACAAAUUUAGGUCUGAAAAGAAGGAACAAGCUCAGUGUGCACGUGCUGGGCACAGCGACUUCUUCCUGCUUUGAAAGGGAGAAGAACAGACGUAGUCACUGCAUUAUUUUGGGGAAGGAUGCGUGUAUUUAGUAGCGUAAAUAGUAUUUAUUUCAGCGGCGAAGCCUGCGAGGAUCCCACGUUGCAUCCAGCGGGGGAUUUGGGAAGCAGCCGCAGCAUUCAAGGAGGCAAACGGAUUUGCUCCGCUCGCAGUUGAGCCAGGUUUAGAAAUAUAAAAGAUGGAUUUUGGGGAGGGAGGAGGAGAGGGCGAGGGCAGUGGGGGUGCGGGAACGGAGCCGAAAAUUGGCCGACGAACGCCUGGUGUUAUCAGCCACUGAUGGAAGAGGGUGGAGGAGAUGGAAGAGAGUGAGCAUCUGCUGCGGUUUUGUUCAAAAGCUGGAAGCUGGGAGGUGGCAGGGUGUGAAUGGGGGGUUCUGGGUAGCUGGGGGGGGCUUCUCUGGUGCCUUAUCAAAAGGUUGUGCUCGCAGUGCUCACAGCUGCAAUUUGCACCACCUGGGAGGGGUAUUUUGGGGGAAAAAUCUGGUAAAGAGGGCAAGGUGCUCUGCCAAUCGCACCUCCCUGGGCAGGCAGGGUGCUGGCACUGAGCACGUCCCGCUAAGCACCCAGGGGAAUGCGCUGGUGACCGUCCCAGCUCGGUGGCCACAGGUGGCACUGGUGGCAGCUGGAGCUGCCCCAUCCCAGCCUCUGCCCUUUCCCAUUAUUCUUCUUUCACUCCCAGCCCUAUAUCCCAGCUUCAAAACCCACCCAGGUGGCCUGGGGCACCCAUGGGUGCUCAUGGUGCCAUGGCACCAUUGUCACAUCCCCAGCCGGGCUGUGUCUGGGGCGCAUCUCCCUGCCCCGGUGGCACUUCCCAAAUGUCACUGGGUGGCCUGGUGCUGAGUUUUUAGGGUAUGGGGGGUAUGGGGUGUGUGUGUAGGGAGUGUCCCUGCGUGUAUAGGGGGUGUGUGCAUGUGUGUAAGGGGUGCACUUGUGUCCACAUGUGUGCAUAGAGGUCUGUCAGGGGGGGUGUACAAGUGUGCGUAGGCAGCGUGCAUACAUGUAGGUGUGGGUGGGUGAGCACGUCCCCCCGGCGUGUGCCGGGGGUGUACACACGUGUUUUGGGGUCCGUGUGUCUGCGUGGGCACGUGUGCGUGCUGUGGGUGCCAUGCGGUGCCGUGCGUGCCCACCCUGCCGUGCCGUGCCAUGCCGUGCCGCGCCAUGCCAUGCUACGCCCAUCCUGCUGUUCAGCGCCGUGCCCACCCUGCCACCCUGGUUUCUGUUCCCCAUCCAGCACCGGGGUGCUGUGUCAGGGCAGGAAGGGGAAGCGUUGCACAACACCCGGGGCUGCAGACGCACCCAGGACCCGGACCGGGCGGCGGGUCCCAGCACUCCGGGCAUCCCAGUGGGUGCUGCCAAGGGGCCACGCCGGUGAAGAGGGGACCAUGACCAUGGCCAACGUCACAGCUGGGAGGAACUCGUGCACCUUCCACGAGGAGUUCAAGCAGGUGCUGCUGCCCCUGGUCUACUCGGUGGUGUUCCUGCUGGGGCUGCCUCUCAACGCCGUCGUCAUUGGGCAGAUCUGGCUGGCCCGCAAGGCGCUGACCCGCACCAUGAUCUACAUGCUCAACCUGGCCACGGCCGACCUGCUCUACGUCUGCUCCCUCCCUCUCCUCAUCUACAACUACACCCAGAAGGACUACUGGCCCUUCGGGGACUUCACCUGCAAAUUCGUCCGCUUCCAGUUCUACACCAACCUGCACGGCAGCAUCCUCUUCCUCACCUGCAUCAGCGUCCAGCGCUACCUGGGCAUCUGCCACCCCUUGGCCUCGUGGCACAAGAAGAAGGGCAAGAAGCUGACGUGGCUGGUGUGCGCCGCCGUGUGGUCCAUCGUGGUCGCCCAGUGCCUGCCCACCUUCGUCUUCGCCUCCACUGGCACGCAGAGGAACCGCACCGUCUGCUACGACCUGAGCCCCCCGGACCUCUCCGCCGCCUACUUCCCCUACGGCAUCACGCUCACCGUCACCGGCUUCCUGCUGCCCUUCGUGGCCAUCCUGGCGUGCUACUGCAGCAUGGCCCGCAUCCUGUGCCAGAGGGACGAGCUGAUCGGCCUGGCGGUACACAAGAAGAAGGACAAGGCCGUGCGCAUGAUCGUCAUCGUCGUCAUCGUCUUCUCCAUCAGCUUCUUCCCCUUCCACCUCACCAAGACCAUCUACCUGAUCGUCCGCUCCUCUCCCAGCCUGCCCUGCCCAGCCCUGGAGGCGUUCGCCAUCGCCUACAAGUGCACGCGCCCCUUCGCCAGCAUGAACAGCGUCCUCGACCCCAUCCUCUUCUACUUCACCCAACGCAAGUUCCGUGAGAGCACCCGCUACCUCCUCGACAAGAUGAGCUCCAAGUGGCGGCACGACCACUGUGUCACCUACGGCUCCUAGGUAGAUGAGGCCACCUCAGUGUCACCAGGGCUGGGCACAGAGCAGUUUUGGCUCGAAGCUGCGUGGUGUGGAGACGGGGACGCGCCUGGGGACAUCUCCUGAGCUUCCAGCGCUUGCUUCCAGCCCAUCUCCAGCCCACGGCAGUUGCAAUGAAGUGUCCCCGCUCUCCGAGGGUUGCCCUCCACUGGUUGCUCGAUGCCGUCCUGUUUUUUAGCUGCUUUAUGCCACCUUUUGGUGGAGGCUGAAGCACCGAAGCAAUAAAAACCACUGGGGGGACCAUGGAGGAGGCGGUGGGAGCGUGGGGAGAAGGGAUGGGGCCGCCCGGGUGGGCUGCUCGGGGGGGAUUUCUGCCUCCAAAAGAUGUUUAAAGCUUCCCCUCAUCUGGGGAGGAUUUUUUGGCUUGUACUCACCUGGGGAACAUGGCUCUGUGCUCCGCCACCGAGGCCGCGGGGCAGUUUUGGGGUCCUGAACACCAAUAUCUCCCACAAACCAUCCCCAGCACUUCUGUGGACCCAGGAGAGGAACAGAUUGGUGUCACGGACAUUUUGGGGUAAUACUGGCGUAUCCCAGAAUGGGACCAGACCAGUAAAAGACAUGGGUCCACUGGUGCCACGGGUGCUUCGAAAGGGUGAGAGGGCAUCCCUGGUCAGCCGGGGAGCUGGCGAGGGGCAGUGAGGGGAACCAGGACACCGAUGCCAUAUUUACCACCCAGAAACGAUGCCAGGAACUGGGAGACCCCUGCCACUGCCACCCGGGUGACACCGGACUUCAACGCUGAGCCAGCUGAAUGAACCAAAUCAUCACGUUUUGUAGGAUUGCACCUUACCCACAUGAGGAUCCCAGCCGACCCAGGGCCACCGAAGAGGCUGGGCACUGUGGCUGUACGUCUAACUGCUUUGCCAGUCCCCUACCUUAUAGGACGUAUAGACUGAACCUGCCCCUAUGUAUAUGUCCACAGGGAUCUGCACAUGCUAUGUACCAUAUAUACACGUAUCCGAGCGGGGGAACAUUGUGCACGGAGCCACCCCACCCCAAAUACACUUUGCAAACCCA